UAACAAUUACAGAACACAACAUCUGUCUGUAAAUUAGUCGCAUAGGUUUCUCCGUCUUGGUGGGAGAGAAACAAGUGUUCUUUGAUCCCACCAAUUAUAUUACUCAUUUAUUUAUACACACACACCUACAUGUAUACAAUCCCUCUUUACUUUGAUAAAUCCGAAGAAGAGAAACAGAAUAUUAGUAGCACUCUCUUUGAUUAUAAUUCUCUCUUCUUUCAUUUUGCACCACACAGAAAAAAGGGCUCAACUUUUUUAGAUCUUUGUGAUGGAUAAUGCUGUUGGAUCUUCCUCUCUACUCAAAUCUUCUACUCAAUUCACUCUAAAUUCACCUGCUUCAUCAUCAAUCUUUGGAUGUAAGUUGAAUUUCUCUGAAAGGAAGCUGACCCAUUUGAGACAAGUCAUUUGUUCUAGGACCAAUCCUGCUCUAGGAUUAAAGGCAUCAAUGGAUUCCCCACGAGUAACUCAAGAGCUUGCAGAUACCAAACAAAGGAGCACAAGUGGAACUCAAAAUGGAAAUGACCUGUUCAAUGAAAUGAAGCACCGAUUUCUCAGUUUCAAAAGACAUAAAUACCAGGAAAACUUGGAGCACUUCCAAAAUCUUGCCAAAAGUCAAGCCCCGAAGGUCCUUGUUAUUGCCUGUGCAGAUUCAAGAGUAUGUCCAUCCAACAUCUUAGGAUUUCAACCUGGGGAUGCUUUUGUGGUUCGUAAUGUCGCUAAUCUAGUUCCCCCUUUUGAGAGUGGGCCCACGGAAACAAAGGCAGCUCUUGAGUUUUCGGUGAAUACCUUAGAAGUUCAAAAUAUUCUAGUUGUUGGCCAUAGCUGUUGUGGAGGCAUCCGUGCCCUAAUGGGAAUGCCAGAUGAAGACAAUUCAAAAAGCUUUAUUAGAAGCUGGGUAGUAACCGGUAAGAAUGCAAAAAUAAACACCAAAGCUGCUGCUUCCAAUCUUAGCUUUGACCUGCAGUGCAGACACUGUGAAAAGGAAUCAGUCAACCUUUCAUUGUUGAACUUGCUAAGUUACCCGUGGAUUGAAGAAAGGGUGUCAAAGGGGUUGCUCUCAAUACAUGGUGGCUACUAUGAUUUUGUUAACUGUACAUUUGAGAAAUGGUCACUUGAUUACAAAGCAAAUAGCUCCAAGAAGGACAGUGAAGGAUACUCUCUUGUUAGUAGAGAAUUUUGGGGCUGAUUUAUAACUCUUUCUUCAUUGUAUCAUCACAUGUAUUAAGCUGUUUGAUAUGAUAUGUCUAAUGUAGUAAAGACUCUUUAGGUGUUUGAUGCAUAUGUAUUACAGUACUUGUUAGUGUAAUAAACCUUGUGCUGCUGGGCUGUUGUAAUUUGCGUGUCGCCAGGUCUAGUUUUUAUGUAAUUUGUAACUGCUGGUGUCAGGUAUUCCGUCUUCUGACAAAGCUCUAGUUAUGAUUUUUAUGUAAUUUAGGCAAAUACAUAUUUGCGUGA